ACACUUCAACCUCAUUCUCACUCUUUUCCGCUCCAUCUUCAAACAGGGGUCUAUACAAUAGAAAACAACAAGGACAGAAUCAAGCCGCCAAAAUGUCAAUCUCAACGCCCCUCACCUCCCUCCUCGGCAUCCAAAGCCCCGUCCUCCUCGCAGGCAUGGCAAAGGCCUCCGGCGCACCCCUCGCAGCCGCAGUCUCCAACGCCGGCGGCCUCGGUGUCAUCGGCGGUCUGGGCUACACCCCAGACCAGAUGAACGAGAUGCUCACGGAGCUCAAGUCCCUGCUCAAGGACAAGUCGCUCCCCUUCGGCGUCGACCUCGCCCUCCCACAAGUCGGCGGCAACGCCCGCAAGACAAACCACGACUACACAAACGGCCAGCUCGACCAGCUCAUCGACGUGGUCAUCAACCACGGGACGAAGCUCUUUGUGUGCGCUGUUGGUGUCCCGCCCGCGCAUGUGAUCAAGCGUCUCCACGACGCCGGGAUCCUGAUCAUGAACAUGGUGGGUGCGCCGAAGCACGCUGAGAAGGCGCUCAAGGCUGGCGUGGAUAUCAUCUGUGCGCAGGGCGGAGAAGGCGGUGGACAUACUGGGGAUAUUCCCUUCUCGGUGCUUAUCCCGGCCGUUGUGGAUACGGUGCAGAACUAUAAGAGCACGCUUACGGGACAGACCCCGCUGGUUGUUGCUGCUGGAGGUGUUAACGAUGGCCGGAGUCUGGCGGCGGCAUUAGCACUGGGUGCGGCUGGUGUGUGGGUGGGGACGAGAUUCCUGGCCACGGAAGAGAGCGGUGCCAGUAAGCUGCACAAGGAGGCCGUUGUUGGUGCGCAAUAUGGAGAGACCAAGAGGACGCUUGUUGUUUCGGGACGACCGCUGCGGAUGCUCCCUAACGAUUACAUCAAGGAAUGGGAGAAGAAGCCCCAGGAGAUCGCCGAGUUAACGGCGAAGGGUAUUGUGCCCCUAGAGCAUGAUUUCAAUAACGAUAAGGACUUUGAUAUUCCUUUCCUCAUGGGCGACGUCUCUGGGAUUGUCAAGGAGAUCAAGCCCGCGGGUGUGGUCCUGAAGGAAAUGGUUGCGCAGGCUGCGGAAGUCUUGAAAAAGAGUGCCGCUUAUGCGACGGGCCCUGCGAGCAAGCUUUAAGUAAGAUUAUAUUCUUUAUUUAUCUAUGUAUUUUUUGAGCCGUGCUUCAGCUUCCAUGCCUCAUAGAUAUGGGCGGAAUGUAUAUAUCUAGGAAAUUUUAUGGUUUCAGAUGUCUCAUUGAUAUACAUUUACAUAAACUGCAACGUGAACAGAACUCGGAAAUCAUUCAGCAAUAAC